AUGCAGGGCACGUACACGAAGAGGUUGGCCAAUGAUGAUGUGUACGACACAUCGGAAGGAUCACUUCCGUUUCAUCUUCAGCGUAUCGCAGAAGAUGAUCUCGGCGAAACGCCUACAAGGAGGAAGGUAUCGUUGGAGAAGCUAGCCAAGCUUAUAUCAGAGGAGCCAGAGCUGAACGCGAGAACGGACGCCGAGUUUCUCAUCCGUUUCCUGCGCGUGAGGAAGUACAACGUGGAGGCGGCCAUGCAAACCAUCAGAAACUACUACUACAACCGGUCCGCCUGCGACUCCAUCUACCGCGAAUUUUUGCCCUCGGCGGUGCCCCCCUCUGCGCGGAAACUGGCCAUGGUACUGCCAGGCAACGAUCGACGUGGACGUCCAGUCUUUCUGUGCAAUGUAGGAGCGUUCAACCCGAAGGAGCUAACGCAUGCCGUCUUUCAACGCGCCUGUCUCAUGUGCUUGGAGUUGAUGACAUCACAUCCGUCGGCACAGACCAUCGGUAUGGUUCUGAUCAUGGACUGCAAGGACUUCGCCGUAGAAAGCGCGCUGUCUCUUAAGCCUGGCCUCAUCCAGAGGGGGCUGGAAUACGUGCAGGAUUGCAUGCCAUCCAGGUUGAAAGCUUUCCACGUCGUGCGACAGGCGCAUGCUUUCGACAUACUUUACUCUCUCAUGAAGCCUUUCUUGAAGAGCAAGUUGACCAGAAGGUUUAAAUUUCAUGGGGAAAACUUCGAGAGCCUCCACGAAGAAAUUGCACCAGAAGAACUUCCGGCACAGUUUGGCGGCCAGGCGCCACCCCUCGACUACGAUGCAUUCUGGAGCAAAAUGGACGAGUUAGAAGGUUCGUUCGAAGCAGACAACCGCUACGGCUACUCCAAGAAGAACAUCGGCGACUUUGCUACGCAGGAGGAAGUAGAAGAAUCCUUGGGAUUUCUCUGAUGCAGAAGGCAAUUUCAGUAAAUGUAUUAAACUAGCAACAUGUAGAGAAGGUUUGGAUCCAUCCGUGUUCACCAUAUAAAACAAGCAAAAUUAAUUCGCCGGGGAUUAGACAUUGGCUGGGUAAAAAUACAUUGAAGUUUCUCUAACGUAGAAACCAAACUGAUUAAAUGCGUUCAACUGACAUAAGUUCAAGAUG